CCAAGUUAGGCGCGGCGGAAUCGAGCGCCGAGCGUCUGCAAAGCCGGUGGGGCCGCGGAGCGUCCGGGGCUGAGCCACAGCAAAUGGGCUCCGACGUGCGGGACCUGAACGCGCUGCUGCCGGCGGUACCCUCGCUGGGCGGCGGCGGCGGUUGCGCCCUGCCCGUGAGCGGCGCGGCGCAGUGGGCGCCGGUGCUGGACUUUGCGCCCCCGGGCGCCUCGGCUUACGGUUCCUUGGGCGGUCCUGCGCCGCCGCCUGCUCCGCCGCCACCACCGCCGCCGCCGCCGCCUCACUCCUUCAUCAAACAGGAGCCGAGCUGGGGUGGCGCGGAGCCGCACGAGGAGCAGUGCUUGAGCGCCUUCACCGUCCACUUCUCGGGCCAGUUCACCGGUACGGCUGGAGCCUGUCGCUACGGACCCUUCGGUCCUCCUCCGCCCAGCCAGGCGUCGUCCGGCCAGGCCAGGAUGUUCCCCAACGCGCCCUACCUGCCUAGCUGCCUCGAGAGCCAGCCCGCUAUUCGCAACCAGGGAUACAGCACGGUCACCUUCGACGGGACGCCCAGCUACGGUCACACGCCCUCACACCACGCGGCUCAGUUCCCCAAUCACUCCUUCAAGCACGAGGACCCCAUGGGCCAGCAGGGCUCGCUGGGUGAACAGCAGUACUCCGUGCCGCCCCCAGUCUACGGCUGCCACACGCCCACCGACAGCUGCACAGGCAGCCAGGCCCUGCUGCUGAGGACGCCCUACAGCAGUGACAAUUUAUACCAAAUGACCUCCCAACUUGAAUGCAUGACCUGGAAUCAGAUGAACUUAGGAGCCACAUUAAAGGGCCACAGCACGGGGUACGAUAGUGAUAACCACACCACCCCCAUCCUCUGUGGUGCCCAGUACAGGAUACACACCCACGGCGUCUUCAGGGGCAUUCAGGACGUGCGGCGAGUGCCCGGAGUAGCCCCGACUCUUGUUCGGUCGGCAUCUGAGACCAGUGAGAAACGCCCCUUCAUGUGUGCUUACCCGGGCUGCAAUAAGAGAUAUUUUAAGCUGUCUCACUUACAGAUGCACAGCCGGAAGCACACUGGUGAGAAGCCAUACCAGUGUGACUUCAAGGACUGUGAGCGAAGGUUUUCUCGUUCAGACCAGCUCAAAAGACACCAAAGGAGACACACAGGUGUGAAACCAUUCCAGUGUAAAACUUGUCAGCGAAAGUUCUCCCGGUCUGACCAUCUGAAGACCCACACCAGGACUCAUACAGGUAAAACAAGUGAAAAGCCCUUCAGCUGUCGGUGGCCCAGUUGUCAGAAAAAGUUUGCCCGGUCAGACGAAUUAGUCCGCCAUCACAACAUGCACCAGAGAAACAUGAGCAAACUCCAGCUGGCGCUUUGAGGGGUCCACGCCAGGCACCGUUCUGUGUCUCAGGCAGGACUGUGUGUGAACUACCUUCAAAGCUGACUUUAAAAUUCCUCCUCACUCGCCUCUCUAAGAAGGAAACGGAGGUUGAUCUUCUUCAUCCAGCUUCCGAGAAAGAUGCCUGUACCACUGGAUCCUACCAGGUUUGCUCAGAGGAGUUGGUCUCUGCUUAGCCAACUUUUAGUUGACUCAUAAGGCUCUGGAGAAGUGGCUGUCAGCGUCCAGUUAGUUAAAAGCCCGUUGCCAUUUGGUCUGGAUUUUCCACUGUAAGAAGAGCCAUUGUUGGUAAUGUUCCCCCCUGCCCCUUCUCCCUUUACGCUCAUUUUCAUGAGGAAUGGAGUCAUUGUACCUUUUUCCAUCAUAGAAUAUUUAUAGGCCAGGGCAUGUGGAUGUGUCUGCUAAUGUAAACUUUGUCAUGGUUUCCAUUUACUAACAGCAACAGCAAGAAAUAAAUCAGAGAGCAAGGCACUGGGGGUGAGUCUCGUCCGACAUUCCGGAGCUUAGGCAGGCUGCUAACCUGGAAAGCAGGAUGUAGCGCCACCAGGCAACUUUUAAAACUCAAGCAUUUCAAGCAGCUGAAAAAAGAAUCAGAACUAACCAGUACCUCUGCAGAGAUAUCUAAAAGAAUCUUAUCAUUCAGUUAAUUCAAUGUUAACAUUAGCACAAUGCUCUUAAGAAACCGUGCUUGAGGAUCUGAGAUUUUGUUUUUGUGUUUCUUUUUGACUUUUUUGAGUUGUAAUCAUAUGCAUCUUCAGAGAUGUACGUAUCUCCUCACACAAAGGAAGUGGAAUUCAUUUUUAUCAUUUGGGGUGUCCUUAAGAGUGUACAGACCACACUGGUUAUGUGGAUUCAAGUUGUAAAAAUUAAAGUGACUCUAAAAGAAAAUAAGGGCUGGUCCGGGAUCUCCACUGAUAAGACUGUUCUUUAGUAACUUAAGUAACUUUGGGUCUACAAGUAUAUGUGAAAAAAAAUGAGACUUACUAGUGUGAGGAAAUCCAUUGUUUAAAGGUGGUUGGGUGUAUGUGUGUGUUUUGUUUUUGUUUUUUAAGGGAGGGAGUUUAUUAUUUACUGUUGCUUGAAAUUAUUGUGUAAAUAUAUAUAUCUGAUAAUGAUUUGCUCUUUGACAACUAAAGUUAGGAAAUGUAUAAAUGUUAGAUGCAUCACUGUUUUGGUGUUGAUCUUCCAACGUAUACCACUAAGUAACACUAAAAAUGUAACCUGCAUUUUUCACUUCGCUCUCAAUUAAAGUCUAUUCAAAAGGAAAGUGGUAAGAUUCUAUCAGCUGUAUUGUGUACAAAUCUUGAGGACAGUUGAGCCUCUUUUAAACAGGUAAGAUGCUGACGCUGACAUCAAUGACCACUUAAGUCUGUCCAGGUCCUGACCACUCGUUAUUUCUCUCAGUUGAACCUCAAGAGGCAAUUACUGGUCAUAGAAGCAGCCAGAGAGCACCGCCUUCACCUCUCAUCAUGCCAUGUGGAUGGCGUGGGGGGAAUUGUAUUUUCAGAGUCAUUUUCAUUGGGCUCUCAUUGUAUCACUGCUUACUCCAGGUCAGCAAAACAGAGUAGAGAGAUGCAAAUGAUAACUGGUCUUUUUUGAAAAGUUCACUGGUAUACACUGCAAUCAGGAGAGUAAACUGAACACCUAGUACAACCAAAUUUACAAUUGUAGUUGCUAUAAAUUAGCUCAGCAGGUUGGAAACUGCUUAGACUUUCCAGGGCAGCCGAGUGUGAAAGGCAAAUAUCUACGUUAUCUAUAAACUAUAAACUCUCUUUCUGGUUCUGGUGGAUGGUUUUUCAGUUGUAAAUAAGGAGAUUAAUUUGGUGCCACCCCUCUCAACUCCGGUAUCUGGGAGCUCGUGUGCAUUCCAGGCUUCAUUUCUUCAUUUAAAAUGUAUCUUGAGCAGACAGCAGCUCACAACAGAGACUCUUCUGCGUUGAAGUGCAGCUCAAAGUUUGGGCUGCUGAAAAGUCAGGUCCUGAGGCCCCUGUUGGUUUGCAUCUGGCUCUUGCAUCACUGUUAAUUAUAGCCAGCGUAGUGACUCAUUUGUAUCAGCAGUUUUUAUCUUUUCCUGCCAGAAGACGGCAUUUCUCUGGAGAAGCUCAGGACAAGCAUGGCAAACGUCAGCGAGUCAGAGCGAGCCAGGUUUCACAAGAGCAGUCACAUUGUUUCAUCUGCACUAGGAAGCCCAGAGAUUCUCACACUACUUUAGCAGGUUAGCUUGCAGUUAAGGUCAUGGGCUUUGGAAAGCAGACCAACCUGGGUUCAGAUCCUAAGUCCUCGGUUUCCUUAUCUGUGAAGUGGGGACUUUUUGUCCCUAUCUGUCUGAUAGGGUCGUAGUGAGGAUUAAAUGGGGGGAAAAAGCAUGAAAGCAUCUAGUACAUAGCAAAGGCUUAAUAGGCAUCAUCUAGGAAAAUGAUUACCUGAGAACUCAUGCUAAUUUCCUUUACCUCCCCCCUCACCCCCUGCAUCCUCUUGCGGUGUCCAGACAUCUUCAUGCAAAAUGACAAACAAAUCCAUUUCCAUAUGCUACAAACCAGAGUUAAGGUUUGCAGCAAGAGGGCUCUUGUCAGCCUCCCCACAGAGACCACAUCUAUUUGCUUUGUGCCUUUUGUAACACACCCAGUGGCACUGAGUGUGUGUUUUGA